AUGAAUACACUGGAGAAAGAGAUCUCGCCUCGUCGUCUUCUUCUUCGAUCAAGUCUUCGACCUAUGGAGAAGGCUGUGGAAUACAAGAGAGCCCUCACAGCUGCCAAAUUAGAAAAGGCAGAGAAUUCAUAUGGAGACAUCACUGAUAAGGUCGUUCCGGAUUUUGGAUGUGGUUGUGGUACUUUAAGUGUUGCUGCUGCUCUUCUAGAUUCAGCUUCUGUGAUUGGAUUUGAUAUCGAUCCUCAGUCUCUUGAAACAGCAACACUAAAUGCGGAGGAGCUUGAGGUGGAGAUAGAUUUCAUUCAGUGUGACAUUACAAAGUUAGAGUUAAAAGCAAUGAACCCUCCAUUUGGUAUACGAAAGAAAGGAGCUGACAUGGAGUUUCUCUCUGCGGCAAUGAAGCUCCGAUAUGACUUACCAAAACUCUACAAGUUCCACAACCGAAAAGAAGUCGCUGCUGCUCUUCUAGAUGCAGCGUCUGUGAUUGGAUUCGAUAUCGAUCCUCAGUCUCUUGACUUGUUUGAGACUGAUGAACAACAGUUUGGGUGA